AUGAAACCAACCGAUAAUUUUCGAGCUACCGCUCCAGCAGAUCAUACCCGAGGCCCCGAUUGUGGCUGGUAUUCUGUGCUGCCCUGGUUUUUGACUUCCGGUUGUCUUGGGCUUUCUAAGGUCGAGAUGGAAGGAAGCGUGGUUGAAGGUAUUUCUACCUCUCUCCCGACCUGCCCUCUAUUUUCGCAACCAUAUGACCCUCAAAGCCUUUUUGCUCCUGAGGAUCUGCCAAAUCCCCCAUCUUAUCAUGAUCUGGGGCUUACACCUCCCCCUGGGUCGCAGCUGCUACAACCUACGAAUGUCACUCAACCGCACCCGUUGCUUGACGAGCACGGUUCAUCCGACGGAGAUGUGAGAAUAUCUAUGGCCAGUCAGCCCGCAGGAUCGAACUACAGUGAUCAGGCGAGAGGCUCACGCAAGGACACGCCCGACGACCCGUCUCAGUUGAGACAGGAGAGCUCAUCGAAUAUCGAAGUUGGGCCACCGUUUCCUAGUGGUCAAGCCGCCAGUCCAGUCGAGUCGACUGUCGUUGCCACAAAUGCCGCAUCGCAGACCAGACUUCCAGAGCCCUUGAGCUCGAACACUACGCGAAAUGCAGACGAUCUGCUCUACGAUCCUCUCUUUGGUACCGACUUUGUGAUGCCCAAUUUCGACGCGAAUCCUUCGCCUUUGAAACGGACCGCCGACGAAGCCUUGGCUGAUGAUUUCCGAUUGUGGCACCGGCCCGAAAAACGACGGAUGCUGGGUUCACUACAGAGCUCCAGUGCACCUUCUCUGAAUGCAACACCGUCUCUGUCCUCACCUGACACUAUUCAGUUAGAUCAAUUUGAAACAGUGCCCAAUACACCAGGUGGUAUCGCAGAGUCUCAAUUACCCGCGCCUCCUUUUGACUUUUUUGAUCCUCUAUUCGAAGAUCCUGCUUUCCACAUUCCACUAGACCUAUCUGAAACUGAGUAUUCUUUUGAGAACCAACCGACACCUCACUCUGCAGACGCGGGUUCUUCGUAUGAUGCGUCCCGUCGUUCGAGCUUGAACUCUUGUGAAGACAGUGGCAAUGUUCAGGUGCAAGCUGCUGACCCUGUGACCUUCGAUCAUCAGGCUGAGUGCGUACCACUUCCUACAAGUGAAUUGACCAAGCGACAGUUCUCGCUCGAUCCCCAAGAUGUUCUUGCCAACGCCGACCGUGAGACUCUGCAGCGAGUUGAUUAUGAACCUGAAUACAUAUCUCCAUAUCCUGUGUAUCGUGGGCCUUUGGGCUAUCUUCCCUCAGCUCCGGGUAUUCACGUCAAGUGCAUUCGGAUCGCCGAUGACCAAAUCAACGCCCGUCUUUCGCACCUCAAAUACAAAGUUCACCAACUCAAAUACGAGAGAGACAAAUACAGAAAUGCUUGGUCUAAGUGGACAGCACUAGAAGCCUCAACAGGAAAGUCAAGGGAACAGAUACUCGAGGGGGAAAACGCGACGCUGCGACGCGUGUCUACUCAACACCAAAAAAGAGCGGAGCAGUACAAGCAAGAAAUAGAGGUCUGGAAAGGCAGACUACAUGAUCUCAGUGUUUUACACAACAACCUCCUCUAUGAGAUCCAUGUUCAGAAGAGAAUGCCUGCCGUGGCUCCCGUUCCGCGCGGGUACAGGCCCCCUACAUAUCCGCAGCCCGUUGCACCCGGUCAGCAGCUUGCGAGCUUUCCUGCCGUGCCUGUUUCACAGCAUCCCGUACCAGGUCCUGCCUCUUCGCCAAGCCAUGUCCCUGUUCCUACUCAACCACCCGUCAUGCCAGCCUUUCAAGGGCCCAGCACUCCUUAUCCUCAUCUGCCUCAUCAGAAUCCGGCUCAGAAAGACCCGCAGCCUAGUGGCACCACACCUGGAUCAGUGCAACAUCCCACUCCGGCAGAGCCACAGCCAGAAAGAGUGACUAUUGAUCUUACUGACGAAGCACCCGGGAUCACACCCAAUCUAGCUUCGAUUGCUCCAUCGGAGCCAUCCCAGGAAACCGGGGAGCUUCUUCAAUCAUUGCAGAAGAAAAGAUACAACUGGCUCGAAAGAGCGAAAUCAGGUUCCGCACAGCCUGCGGUAGCUCGAGCAGGAUCUCGGCCUCCGCUACGUUCGGAAUCUGUGCCUCGAGCCUCUCAGCAGUCUCCUGCGUCACGCUCAAGUAGCAAUCAGCGGCCUAGCGUACCUCCUCCCGAGAUACACCCAGCAAGCGAUACUAACUAUGACGACCAAAUUGAUAUCGAGGACGAGCUACUCCGCGAGAUGGAGGAGGAGUUGGCUCGAGGCUGA